AUGGCCACGGGAGAUCGCAAGAAAAUCAUCAUCGAUACUGAUCCUGGAAUCGAUGAUGCAAUGGCAAUCUUCGUGGCUUUAAAAUCACCAGAAGUUGAUGUGAUUGGUCUCACUACUAUCUAUGGCAACGUUUACACCACUCUCGCCACUCGUAACGCCUUGCAUUUGUUGGAGGUUGCUGGUCGCACUGAUAUUCCUGUGGCUGAAGGAACACAUAAAACUAUCCUGAAUGGGACAAAACUUCGAGUUGCUGACUUCGUUCAUGGAAAAGAUGGGCUUGGAAACCAAAACUUCCCACCACCUGAAGGAAAGCCAAUUGAGAAAUCUGCACCUGCGUUCUUAGUUGAACAAGCUAAGCUUCACCCUGGUGAAAUCACUGUUGUUGCUUUGGGACCUCUCACAAACAUAGCACUGGCUGUUCAGCUUGAUCCUGAGUUUUCCAAGAAUGUCGGACAAAUUGUUCUUCUUGGUGGAUCAUUUGCGGUAAAUGGAAAUGUAAAUCCAGCAUCUGAAGCUAAUAUUUUCGGAGAUCCAGAAGCUGCAGAUAUUGUCUUCACAUGUGGAGCCGAUAUAAUUGCUGUGGGGAUCAACGUGACUCAUCAAGUUGUUAUGACAGCUGAUGACAGAGACAAACUGGCGUCAUCCAACGGGAAACUAGCUCAAUACCUAUGUAAAAUCCUUGGUUUGUACUAUUCUUAUCAUCUUGACACUUAUGAGAUCAAAGGUGUUUAUCUUCAUGAUCCUACAACAAUCAUUGCGGCUUUCCUUCCAUCUCUGUUCACUUAUACUGAAGGAGUUGUUAGAGUGCAAACAAACGGCAUCACUAGAGGACUCACUUUACUUUACAACAAUCAGAAGAGGUUUGAGGAAGAGACCGAGUGGUCAGAAAAACCAUCUGUAAAAGUAGCAGUGACGGUUGAUGCUCCUGCGGUCUUGAAACUCAUAAUGGAUAGGCUUAUGGAGUCUUAAUUCAUUUGGUCUGCGUACUCUUUGAUAUGUUGCUCUUCUUGUGAGGAGCCCUAUCUUUUUAUUGUAACACAAAACCUCAUUGAAACAAGACUCUUCUUGCUUCCAUACUCAAAAAUUCACUUGUUGGUUACUCUUUAUCUUAUCAA